AUGAGCAGUAAGGAAAUUUUUACCACCAAGAAAGAUGCAUUAGUGGAUGUAAGACACCACAGAUUUGACCCACGUAAGUCUUCUACCUUCCACGGAACAGGACAGCCAUUCUCUAUUAAGUAUGGGAAAGGAAGCGUGGAAGUGAUCUUAGGACGUGAUACAGUCAAGCACACUAUAUAUCUAUGUUUCAGAAAAACAGAUGGGAGCAUGGUCAUUUUUGGUGGAAUUGAUCAAUCCUAUUUUACUGGUCGUAUUAACUGGAUUCCUGUCAUAUAUAAAUAUCAAUGGCGGAUUGCCGUGGACAGCAUUCUAGUGAAUUCUAAGAAGAUUGCCUGCAGAGAUGGCUGUCAAGCAGUUCUUGACACAGGGACUUCCUUAUUGCUUGGUCCAAAAUCUGAAAUUAACCAAAUCCAGCAAGCCAUUGGCAAGGUAAGAUUGACUUUUGCUGAUUUUCUUCAUACUCAUUCCUUCAACUGCAGAAACCUCCGCAAAAUGCCAAAUGUUGUUUUUGUAAUCAACGGAAUUCAAUAUCCUUUGACUCCACAAGCCUAUACUCGUAAGGAUAACGGCCAUUGCAAGAGUGGCUUUAGCUCUGGCAGCAAAGAUUAUGAUCACUUGAUACUAGGAGAUAUGUUCCUCAGAGAAUACUACAGUGUAUUUGACAGGGGGAACAACCAAGUUGGACUGGCAAAGGCAGUGUAA